AUGGCAGUUAUGAGACAUAUCACGACGGGGUCCGGAUCAGGAUCAGGACGGGGUGAUCAGGAGGCCCCAGUAGCACCUGAGAUUGUCGGCCAUGAGGGGCCAAUGUUGACCGAGGAUCGGGUCAGGGGGAUCAUCCACGAGGAGGUAGUCGAGAUUGUCCGGGGUCAGAUUCCGGAGUUGUUCGGGACUAUUAAGGCCGCUAUGAUGGAGUAUUUCGACGACAGAUAUGCAGCCCUCGCUGAGACAGCUGCCGCUGCAGCCACCGCGGCUGUAACAGCGGCAGGGGGAGGAGCGGGGCGAGUUUUUCAGUACAGGGACUUCGAUAACACGAAGCCCCCUACCUUUGAUGGGACGCAGGAUCCCAUCAAGGCGAUGAGGUGGAUCUCGGAUGUGGAGGGGUGUUUCUUCCCCUGCUCGUGUCCUACUGACCAGAAGGUCAGGUGUGCUCUGAACCUGCUAAGGUCCGGGGCCAAGGACUGGUGGAGACUUGCGACUGGGUCAUACACUGACGAACAGAGAGCUGCUGUUACUUGGGAGCAGUUCAGGGACAUGUUCCGCGCCCGUUACAUUCCGCCGGUCGAGCGGGAACGUUUGGCGCAGGAGUUUUUGAGUUUGAGACAGGAUGGGGAUUCGGUGAUGGAGAUCACCCGUAUGUUCACUGAGAGGGCGAUGUUUUGCCCGGAGUUUGCUUCUGAGCAGGCUCAGAUGACCCGUUAUCUGAGCAUGCUCAAGACUGACAUCCGUCAGUUUGUUGCCACCCAGCGAUGUGAUACUCUUCUGGAGUUGCAGGAGGCCGCUAGGCGAAGUGAGUUGGAGAUUGAGUUGCAGUUGAGGGAGCAGCGGCAGGCCCCGGCACAGUCACAGCCGGCGCCAAAACGGUCCAAGACCGCUGAUACCAGGACUGGGGGACAGCCAGGCCGCACUUGUGGGAAGUGCGGGAAGGCUCAUUCAGGGAUGUGUCGGACAGGGAGUGGGUGCCACCGAUGUGGCGAGCAGGGCCAUUUGGCCAGGGAUUGCAGGCAGCCGACUCCGACUUCCGGAGUCAGGGUUUGCUAUCAUUGUGAGCAGGUGGUCCAUAUGAGGGCCCAGUGUCCUCUGCUAGCCGCCAAGCCGGCACAGGCCCCAGCGCCGGCUACAUUGAGGAUCACGGAUGGGAGACCAGCCAGGGCAGAGCCUCCGAAGGCUCAGGGGCGUGCCUUCCAGCUUACAGCCGAGGAGGCCAGGGCAGCACCGGAUGUGGUUGCUGGUACGUUUUUAGUGAACUCCUUACCUGCCUUGGUCUUAUUUGACUCGGGGGCGAGUCGGUCCUUCGUAUCACAGUUAUUUAGUAGGGAGUUUAAUGCGCCAGUGGGCGAGUUAGAGUGUCCGUUGCGAGUGUCUAUCGCCAACGAACACGGGAUUUCUGCUUCUUCAGUGUAUCGAGGGUGUGACUUGGAGAUUUUCGGGGUGUCCUUUCCGAUAGAUUUGAUUCCGAUCCCCAUGGGGGAGGUGUGCGUGAUUGUUGGCAUGGAUUAG